AUGAGAUUCAGAAGCAGCUCCUAUGCCAGUAAAAGUUCCGAGAAGGAACUGAAAGACUUGGUCAAUUUGCCAGAGAACGGCAACAGGUGCGGAGAAUGUGGAAAUGUUUUCCCUACAUGGUGUUCGGUUAAUUUAGGAGUGUUUUUAUGUGGCAGAUGCGCUUCAGUCCACCGGAAAAUCCUUUCAUUGAGAGACGACGAUGCGUAUUCUGACGUGAAAUCUCUGACGAUUGAUCGCUGGAGUGAGCGAGACUUGGACGAUUUAGCAAGAAGUGGAGGGAAUAGACAUAACAACGAACUGUGGAAUCCCAAGAAGCAGCCCUUUCCGUACGACGGUGACGAGGACAAGAGCGUUGUGGAGCAGUUUAUUAGAGAUAAAUACGUUAACGGCAAGUUCAGGUACUCUGCCAUUAACCCCGACGACUACGGGAUCAGCGGGAACAGGAGGAGAAGAGACAGCACGAGAGAGAGGAGCAGAAGCGGAUCCAGCCUUAAUGUGAGGAGAGGCUACGGCUCAGCGGGCGAUCUGCCCCGGUUAAGCAAUCGUCAGGCGAGAGACUACGAGUUGAGCAGGUACUCGCGAGAGCUGCGGACGUUGAAGGACAUGGGGUUCAGGGACAUCGAUUUGAAUGCGCAGGCUCUCAGCCACGCACACGGCGAUGUAAACAGAGCCAUCGACAUUCUCGAAAACCACAACAGGGGCAACGGAAGCAGCACUACAUCGUUGCACGGCAGCAGAGGCAGCUCAGUCACCAACUCCAGGGCAGGAUCGCGAACCAAUCUGUCUGCGCCAGAUAUCAAUCCACCGCUGCCCAGGAGACCAGCUAGUCAAAGCGCUCCGCAGCCGGCUGUGUUUGAUGGCACAGACGAGAGCCUGAUGAUGCCUGUCGCGACCGGCCAGCUGCCACAACCUGCAGUAUUCGACGGCGCCACGGGCAUAGCUCCCGUUCAGCAGUAUUACGACCCCGCCACGGGCAUGAUCUACGUAGAUCAGCAACAGUACCAGCAGCAAUUCCUACUUCAACAGCAACAACAGCAACAACACCAGCUGCAGCAAUUACAUCAACAACAGUUGCAACAGCAGCAAACACAGGCAGAAAAGAACGAACUACUCUCGCUCUACCAACGCCCAGACCUAUACACUACACCGGUAGAAAUCAACCAGAAUAAUCCAAAUUACCAGCUACUGAGUCAAGUACAGCAGCAACAGCAACAAGAACUACUACAGAUGCAGCACGCUCAGAUGCAAUCGGCACAACCGCCUCAGCAGAUGUAUCAGGCAUACUACAUGCCAUGA